AUGUCUGACACAGGCCGCAAGCCCUUGACAGAUCAGGCUCAAGAGAAGCUCACGCCCGACUCUCAGAAGUCCACCUUGGACAAGGCCAAAGAGUCUGCCACCGGGACUGCCGACGACAUUGCAGGAAUGGUCCAACCAGGGGACAGCAAGUCGACCACCCAGAAGCUCGCCGAUGAGACUUCGGCCAAGUCCAGCUCUGCCCAAGACACUCUGGCCGGUGCCACAAAGAACAUCCAAGAGACUGCCUCCACGUUGGGCCAGCAGGCCAGCUCCACCGCCGGCGCUGCACAGGAGUCAGGCAAGGAAUACCUGCAACAGGCACAGGAUACUGCUUCGUCGGUCGGCCAGACAGCCAGCUCCAACGCUUCCGCCGCGCAGGAGUCGAGCAAGACGUAUCUCCAACAGGCCCAGGAGAUGACUGCCAAUGUUCUGAACAGCGCUAGCAAAGCUGCAUCCGACCUUGCAAACAGCAUUUCCGGCGAGAAGAAAUAG